UUGCUUUCAGGGCAGCGGCGGACGGAGCGACCGCAGCCCGCCGCCUCUCCCCCGUCGGCCGGCUGAAAAGCCGAGGCGGAUCUGGGCGGAGCUGGGCGGGGCAGCGCGGCCGGGCAAUGAAUGAGCCCCUCGGGCGCUGGAGUGGCCGAGCCCGCGGCGGGAUGAGGCUGGAGGUGGCGGUGCCGUCGGUGCGCCUGCGGGCGUCGGAGCUCGACCGGAGCCCGGAGAAAACGCGCACGGUAUUCCGAGUGGAAGUUCUGUGCAACGGGCGGAAGCAUGCCCUGGAGAAGCGCUACAGCGAGUUUCACGCCCUCCAUAAAAAGAUCAAGAAGAGAUGCAGAGUCCCGGAAUUCCCUCCCAAGCGUGUGCCCAACUGGAUGUCCAAAGUGCUGGAGCAGCGGCGGCAGGGCCUGGAAGCUUACCUCCAGGGCAUCCUGUUGUACAACACAGAGCUUCCCAAGGAAUUACUGGAGUUUCUGAAGCUCUGGCAUUUUCAGCAAGACCCCACGGCCAGCAAUUCGGACUCCCUGAGUGACUUCUCAUUGCACGACACCAGCCCCCGUUUCCUCCUGUCCCACCGGCCGGUCAUCCGCUUCCACAGGGAUCCGUAUCUACUCCCCUCCUCCACAGACUUGCUCCCUGAGAUGAUCCUGAGCGGCGUGCUGCAGGGCUUCUACGCACCAGAAACCGUGGCCUGCCUGGAAGCGGCGUUCUUGGCACGGCCUGGCUUGAGGCUGCGGGCUCUGCCAGUCCCGGACUUCAUGUCUGCUCCUUUACGGGUCUGAGAAGCAAAGGAGCUGGAUCCAGCAAUCCAGCCUUGGAAGAACGCUCCCGAGCCUCUGAAUCUUGUCUGCUGCGUUUCCAUUUUGCCCAGUGCAAAAGACAGGCGACGGGUUUAAAAAAAACCACACGCACCACCAGCUUGCUUCCAUAGGAAAGUGCUCCGGAUUGCCACUUAAGCUCACGCUGGUGCUGGUCACGCUCACCGCAAUUUAAGAGGUGGCUAUUGUCUAAGCUGCCCCAACAGCCGCCUUGGGCCCCGCGUGACACUUUGGGGACAGAUGUGGGUGCUUGGGGCUGGAUUACAUGGGCAGACGGCACUGGGUCUCUUUCUGAGCCUUGGGAGUCAGCAGAAAUGUCAAGUGGGGGUCGUGCUGCAAGGAAGCAGCACAGGGCUGGAAGAGGGGUCCCACCACAGGAGUGGGUGGCAACAUCACCUUCUUAGCAGUUGCGGUACCUCCUGCCAGCUCUGGUGAGGCACUGCCUGCAUACAACCCCAUCCUGAAAGUCAUCCUGCAGAGAGGCGUGCUUCUUGGCAUCACUCCGAGAGGCCGCCGUGCUGUGCUUUUGGCUCUUCCAUAAGCAGUAUCUGCACCCCAGCUACAUACGACUCCGAGAUGCAAACGGUGCGUGCAGAUGGGGUGGAAGUAGGCCGCGAGCCAAGAAGGAAGGCACAAGUGCUCUCGGGCACUGCGGCUGGCCAGCAACUCUAGAUUAGUCUCUUUGCCACAAAAUGCACAUUGCAUAGAGCUCGGCACUGUAGGUGGUGUCCUUUGACUAAAAGGGCUUUGCAAUAAAAACACUUGGCCAUA